GCGCUGCAGCAGCAGCCGGUGGAGCUACAGUCAGCUGGACAGCUCGGAGUUGACCGCACACGGGAUUUGUUUUUACUCCGGAACGGAUCAGCCUUGUGACGGGUGUUCAUCAUCAUGGCUCAGGCAAAAAUACAGGCGAAGAUGAACGAGGCUACCUGCAGCAAGUUCAGCAGGACGCUAUCCAUGGCAGAUCGCUCGGGGCGGCUGCUGGAAAGUUUGGACCAGCUGGAAAUGAGGGUGGAGUCUUUACGCGAAGCGGCAUCGGCCAUGGAGCAGGAAAGGGAGUGCAUCCUGGAAAUGAUUCAAUCUCUACAGAACAGUCAAGAAAUGCGUAACAUCUGUGCUGGAGAGAGAGAGGAGUUAACUUUAACUGCAGACCGUUUAAUGGGCCGGACGCUGUCUGUGGAAAUCUCUGUUGGGACAAUCAGAAACCCGCAGCAGGAGGAGGCGCUACAAAAAGCCACAUCCAUCAUAGAUGAAAUAGUGAAAAAGUUGCUGGACGACAUGGAGGGGAGCAGGCAGAAGCUGCUGGCCCUGCACGCCGCAUGUGUGACUGAAGCACCGGCCAUUCCCAUCGACCAGAAGUUUCAGGCCAUUGUGAUCGGUUGCGCUCUGGAGGACCAGAAGAACAUAAAGCGGAGGCUGGAGACUCUGUUGAGAAAUGUUGAAAAUGCUGAAAAGAACAUCAAGAUUAUGGAUCAUCAAAAACUCGAGAACACAAAAGCAAACGGUAGUCAAUAAGACUCCUCACCAAAGCAUUAAAUGUGCCUUGAAUGUUCGCUUUCAGAAGGCUGCUACUUGUAACAAGAAAAGUGAGCAACAAAUAUCCAGUUUUACCAAAUCAUUGUCAUUUUUACAUUGAUCUACUUAAUAUUGGUUACUUAAUGUUUAUACAAUGUACGCGUGUGUUCACAUAUGCACCUAGUGCAGUAAAAGAUGCUGAACAGCAAUGAAUUAAA